AGAAAAGAAACAAAUUGACGCAAUGAGGGUUGAAGAAAAAUCAUUCGUUCGUGAAAAUUUUCAAGCAAACAUAACCAACUGUAACGAAUUUCCUCCGUCACUUGAAAGACACAUUCGAAAUAUUAUAAUUAAGGAAGGCUAUACUAAAUAUAGUGUAGAUAAAAGAGAAAUAUGCACAAAUGGUGGAAACUAUCUCGCUUCGCUUUACGAAAUCGACAUAAAAGGUACAACACAAAAAGGAAAAAAAGAAACGAACAUUUUCAUUAAGAAAAUGAAGCCGGGCGAAAAUAGUAUGAAAAUUAUAUCAAUACCAGAAGCAUAUAAAUUCGAAACAUUUGCCUAUGAAGAAUUGUUAAAGGUAUAUACAGAACUGCAAAAUGAAGCUAAAGUACCUGCCGAUGAAAGAUUCAAAGCGGUAAAAGAUUUUGGGGAAUUUGAUGCUCAAGCUAUCAUACUCGAAAAUUUAGCGAAAAAAGGAUAUAAAACUGCUCACAGGAUGGACGUUGUGUCUUUGGAAUACGCUGAAAUGGCAAUCAAGCAAUUAGCAAAAUUCCAUGCUUUAUCUUUUGCUUUACGGGAAAGAAAGCCGGAAUAUUAUGAAUCUAAAAUUAAGACGAUCCCAUCGCGUUUGAAUCUAGGAAACGAAUGGAAUGGUUUCGUAAAGUCAAUGCAAGCUUUAACUUUGAAUUUUUUGAAUGAUAACUUGAGGAAGAAAGUGGAGAAUAUUUUGCCGCGUUUAUUCGAUAAUAUAACGGAUUAUUUUGAAGGAAAUGAUUCAGCUGUAUGUUGUUUGUGUCACGGAGAUUUUAGACCUAAUAACAUUAUGAUGAAAGAAAUAGAUGGUGAAAUAUCAGAAACAAUUCCAAUCGAUUACCAACUGAUAUACUAUGGAUGUCCAAUAAUAGAUUUCUUAUACUUCGUAUUCACGGCAACCGACAAAGAAUUCAGAAGAGCUCAUUUAACACACCUGAAAACCCUAUAUUACGAUACAAUGCAAAAUUUUCUUGAAUAUUUUGAUAUUUCUAUAGAAUCCGUGUAUUCUAAAACAGAUUUCGAUAAUGAUUAUAAGAAAAAACUUGAUUACGGUUUAAUUGUUACCAUUUUGUAUUGCCCCUUUAUGUUUGUGGACGAGAACGACGUACCCGACAUUACUGAAGCUGAUCUAGGCAAUAUAUCGUUUACUUUACAUGAUAAAUACAAAGAUAAAAUCCAGGGAACUGUUGAGGACUUCAUUGAAUGGGGAUUAAUUUAAGGGCACUAAGCCCGUUCGUUGUCCAUAACGACGCAACAGAAAAACUAUUUUUUUAUUUGAUGAUUAGGUAUUUUAAUCAAUAAAUAUCCUAUCUUUAAAUUGACAGUCUACUAAGAAGGAGAUUUGAUGAACAUGAAAACUGAAAAUAUAGAGGAACUGUGAUUUUCAGACUUUAGAAUGAAAAUAUCAAAAACAGAAACUUUGAAUAGAUUUUUCUUCCUACAUUUUGGGUGUCGGAAAUACAUACAAGAAAAUAAAAUGUACAAUCAAACCGCAACGCUAAUAUUACAAAGAUAAUCCGACCGGGAAUCAAACCUGACUUUGUGACAGAGUUAGGGACGCCAAUAACUCGACCAAAAAACGUAUUGGGAAAGGAUAACUUUAGUUUCUUUGUGGUAAUGGUAUUUGGUGAAUAAUUAUCAGUGGUACGUGUGUAACCAAACAAAUGUAAAUCCAGGUUUGUUUGGAUGUAUAUAUUUGUCCCGAAUGUGUUCCUAAGCCAUUUAUUUAAUUGUAGCGACACUUGGUACAGCUGCUGUUGGUACUCAUGAGGGACAAUUUUGAUCAUAGUAUCAAUAUCAAUGUACAUUAGGUGGUGCAAGAGUAAUUUCAAGAGACCAAUGUUUCCAUACAUUUGGCGCAAGUUACAGAGAAGCGAGAGCGAUUAACAUUGAUUGUAAAUAAAUUAUUGAAAAUAUUCAUGGUCAUCAUGAUCAUAUUAUUAUCAUUCACGUUCAUCUUCGAUUCUCAAAUUAGAAUUCAAAUCGAGGGGAGAAAAGCUUCUUUGUCAUUAAAGUUUCGUCUUAUUUGGUAUUAGUAUCAACAAUUCGCUGUUUUUAAUUGAACUUCUAUAAAGUUUAUCCCCUUCAAAUAGCUGAAGAAGUUUUUUUUAUAUAGUAAAAUAAAUAUUGUAUUGUAUAGUUGAAGAAUAUUUAUUCCAGAGUUUAAGCUUUAAAUGGCUCUCCUGGAAAGUUGCUAAAAUUUCGCUUAAACCAAAUAGCCUUUCUUCACCCGUCGAAAUAAUUUAUAUAUCAAGAUUGUUUUUUGAAAUAAAGUUUAUAAUCGUUGAUUUGAAGUUCGCUGAAUCGCCUCCAUUGGCCUUGGUUGCUUUGUAGUGUCCAAAAUGGCAUGAACUAAAUUACUGUUUUAAAAAGGGUAUACAAAGUAAUUAUUUAUUUUUAUAGUUAAAUUAGUUAAAAGUUAAUUGUUUAUUCAUAAAGUCGUUUUUUUCUGUACCUAUUCGCUGGUAGCCUGAGAGGCUAUUCCAGCUACGCCCGGACGGGUAGGCGAACUCACGGGCUCAACCUGAAAGAGUUUGCUAUCACUAGCCCUAGCAAGAGCAGUGCUUCGCAGAAUUUACCAACGGAUCGGAAUCGCGACCCACUGAGAAGAGCCGGCGAGAAACUGAGUGGGCGAUAAAGUAGUCAAGGUUAUAGUUAUUAAAGGAGAACUAUGUAGACACUAAUUACAAAUUACUUUUGUAAUCCAAUAACUUUGUCGUAAAUUUAAAUCCAAUGUUUUUUGUAUUGAAAUUCAAAAUUUACAUUUAAAAAUAAAGAUUAAACUUUUAUGU